CUGCCAUGGUGUCUGUGGACCUUACCCUGUACAGCGUGCUGCGUGUGAGUCGCCAUGCCACUGAUGCGCAAAUCCGUGGAGCGUAUCGUCUACGGGCCCUGGCGACGCAUCCGGACAAAGGUGGCAAUGAAGAGGAGUUUUUGAAGGUCGUAGAAGCAUUCGAGAUUCUGUCCGACCUCCGUAAACGACAGAAGUAUGAUGAGGAUUUGCAACGAACUGGCAGUCAAGAUGGACGGCACCAGGAGAGUCAAGCUGCUGCCGCAGCAGCUGCUGCGGACACCUUUGGUCUUCCUGACUUAGGCAAAACAGAGCCCAACCAGCAGCCCGUGGAGGGUUGGAGUUCCACCGAAGAGACCCAACGCGCCAAAGCUCUGUGGCUGGAGCUCUUGGAGAAGCCAAUCCCGGAACGAAAGGAGCACUUAAGGACCCUCAGCUGUCGCACUGCAGAGGUCCUUUUGAUCUUUGCGAAAGCUCAGUUCCGAGGUGCCCCUGUGGUGGCGGGGCCUGGUGCUCCACAGGAUUGUGGAAAUGCCUUGCUGGCAGCUACUCCAGAGGUUCCAGAUGCGAAACGUGCCAAGUUGGACGGGCCUAGAGGGUGCUUCGCCAGAGGUUCUCGUGCACAUGUGUGCUUGCAGCGCCUGAAGGUGUGCACGGGCGCUUCUGAAGAUUUGUCGGAAGCCAUCAAUUGGCAUAUCCUCCUGGUGAGAGUGAAGCAACUGUUUGACGAGCAGAUUGCUUGUGGCAAGACCUUUCCCUCAGCUGUGCGGCACAGCGUUCAGACUGCCCUAGCAGAGGCUAGCGGUCAAAGCGAUCCACGACUUCGUUUCGUCACGGAGUGCACUGUGGAGGAUGAGGUGUUGUUUACACCGGUGAGCUGGGACUUGGAAGUGGCGCUACGACAGAACCAGGAGUUAUCGAACCUGUUGGAGCAGGGCGCUGCAAGGAGCAAGUUGCUGGAAGCCAUUGGGCACAUGGUGGCGGCUUCUCAGGCAGCUGAAGUUGAGCAGAGGGCGCUGAUAGACGAGCUGGAGCAGCACAUCUUUACCUUCCGCAAGCUGCUCCGCUGGCGAAGUGGUAGCCGCCCAGCUGGCGUGAAUGCCAGCCUUAGCCACUCAGCUGUCAAGUGGUUGGUCCCAGCUUUUGGGGUGACAAAGGCGCUCCCUCAAGCACUGUGUCUGCCCUGUGCUAUGCCGAGCUAUGGCACCAAAAGGCUGCUGGCUUGGAGCCUUUGUGUCGGGGUCCACGGCGACGGCGUCAGGAUGAGGCUCUGAAAGACCUGGAAACACUGCAGGUGGCCCAAUCGAAGGGUGGCGAUGCGGCAGCACGCGCCGAAGCCAAACGGCUCUACGAAGAGUCCCUCCGGUCUUCCAUGCUGUCCUGAGAUGGCCAAGCUCCUGGGUGGGUGCCAUCUCGAAGCGGAGAUCGCCGAGGGUGUCGCUGCAAUGGCCAUCUCCUUGGCUUUGAAGUGGUGGGAAGUGGUGGGAAGUGGUGGGAAGUGG